UUAGGUCACACUGAAAAUUAUAGAGCAACUCAGUAAGAAAGAUUUGUUUGGCAAUGGCGAUGAGUAAAAUUUCUCUGCGGAAAUGCAAUGGUAUUCUCUCUAUCUCUUCCUUUCAUAUCUCCUAUUCUUAUUUUUCUUCAUAUUCACGCAGUAGUAAAGUAAAGGGUAGAGUUGUGUUAAAUUUUGAGAAACUCAAGUGUUUAGAUGAUGCUGUUACUCUAUUCCAUCAAAUGGUUAGAAUGAAGCCUCUUCCUUCAGUUGUCGACUUCUCUAAAUUGUUUAAGACUAUGACAAGUAUGAAGCAUUACUCAGCUGUCCUUUCUCUUUUCCGACAAAUGCGGAAAUUGGGCAUUCCAAUUGAUGGAUUCAUCUUGAAUAGUGUGAUUAAUAGUUAUUGCCUGAUGCAUCGUGCUGCUUUUGGAUUUUCGGUGUUAUCUAUUUACUUGAAGAAUGGCAUUCCGUUUAAUAAUGUUACCUUUACAACUCUAAUAAGGGGAAUCUUUGCUGAAAAUAAGGUUAAAGAUGCUGUUGAAUUGUUCAAAAAAUUGGUGAGAGAGAAGAUUUGUGAGCCCGAUAAAAUCAUGUAUGCAACAGUAAUGAAUGGACUCAGCAAAAGGGGUCAUACUCAGAAGACUUUAAGUUUGCUCCGGUUAAUGGAACAAGGUAACACUCAGCCCGACAUAUAUAUCUACAACAUUGUUAUAGAUGCUCUUUGCAAAGAUGGAAACUUAGAUGUUGCUAUCAACAUUCUGAACGAGAUGAAGCAGAAAGGCAUUCAUCCAGACAUAUUAACGUAUAAUUCAUUGAUUGAUGGUUUGUGUAAGCUCGGUCAGUGGGAAAAGGUUAAAACUUUGUUCUCAGAGAUGGUGAACCUUAAUAUGUAUCCAGAUGUGCACACCUUCACCAUACUAACAGAUGGACUAUGCAAAGAAGGGAAAGUUGACGAUGCCGAGGAAGUAAUGAAACACAUGGUUGAAAAGGGUGUCGAGCCUAAUGUAAUCACCUACAAUGUGAUAAUGGAUGGAUAUUGUUUGCGUGGUCAACUGGAUAGAGCUAGGAGAAUUUUUGAUAUCUUGAUAGAUAAGGGCAUUGAGCCUGAUAUUUUUAGCUAUAACAUACUAAUAAAUGGAUACUGUAAGAAAAAGAAACUCUCCAAGGCCAUGCAGGUGUUUCGUGAAAUUUCAAAAAAGGGAUCAAAGCCUAAUAUUGUUACCUACAAUACUAUCUUGCAAGGCCUGUUUGAAGUUGGAAGAAUUGGUGUUGCAAAACAAUUGUUUGUUGAGAUGGUAUCUACUGGGCCAGUACCUAACUUAUCCAUUUAUCACACUUUGCUUGAUGGUUAUUUUAAGUACGGACUUGUUGAAGAAGCUAUGUCACUCUUUAAUAAGUUGGAAGGAAAGAAAGAAAAUAUUGAUAUUACAUCUUACAAUAUUAUCAUUAAUGGAUUGUGUAAAAACGGUGAACUCGAUAAAGCUCAUGCUAUUUUUCAGAAGCUUUCUUCAAUAGGAUUGCUUCCGGAUGUGAGAAUAUACACUACAAUGAUAACUGGAUUUUGUCUACAAGGGUUGUUAGAUGAAGCUAAAGAUAUGCUUAGAAAAAUGGAGAGGAACAAUUGUCUUCCAGACAAUGUCACUUACAAUGUUAUCGUGCAAGGAUAUCUUAGGUGCAGGAAAAUAAAUGAAAUGGUAACUUUUAUGAAGGAAAUGACUGGAAGGGGCUUCUCAUUUGACACAACUACAGCUGAGUUACUAGUAAAUGCUAUUAGUGAGAAUCCUUCCAUUGUUGACAUGUUACCAGAGCUUCAUGCGGAAAUCAAGAAGUGAAAAAUUGUUCACUUGGUUUGUUCGGCUGCACUAUGGCUGUGAUACAAUUUCCUUUCUAUCCUUGCAAAAGAGUUUACAUCCAAUGCAAUUGCAGAAGUUGAUGGCAAUUAGAGCGUUGCUUGAGGUUUCUAGGCAGACCUACUCAGGAGGUAACCACAUUUUGUUGUUGAUCAGACCGGUAAGAUACAGAUGGUGUCUACUGGAGAUGUUGUCCGUGCUGUUGCAAGUGAGCGUUGGGAUAAGUUGAACCGUUUCAAUGCUUACAUACAAGGAGGUUACUAGAUGAUGAUGGCAAGCAUGGAACUUGAAAAGCGUGAAUGUAUGAGCUCAAUUAGGGUAACAAAUGGGUGAAUUGAAUCAGAUCGGAUUUGGAUGGAUUGAGUUAAAAUGGAUUGGAUCACAAUCACUUGAGCCCACCUUAGGCUAACGCCACCUUGGGGUGUUUGAGGUGGCAUGCCACGCGGCACCCACAAAUUAUGACAUAAGCUCAAUCACUUGGGCCGACCUUAGGUAGACAUCACCUUGGGCUUGGGGUGUUGAGGUGGCAUACCACUUGGCCUUCACCUGUGAACUAGAGCCAUAUAAAUAUGAAUGAAAAUCCAAACUAUAGUCUCUCAACUUUUGGAUAAGUUGCUAUGCUUCCAAUGAAACUGUUUGAUUAGUUUCCAUCAAUAUAGCUAUGACAUAUAUUCAUUGCAUUUAGUUUUUUUAUAUUUUAUUUGCAAGCUUUAGUUA